GCGUUGCUUGUAUUCUUGCACUUGAGAUUUUCGUUCUCUCUUUCUCCAUUGUUCCUAAGUACAUUUGUACUGAAAAGUUGUAGGGAAUACAAAGCAACGCGAUAAAAUGGACAAAAAAAGGAAAAUAUGAUAUCGCGCAAGUCAGCUAAAAAGAGAAUAGGACUAAGCAAAAAUGAAAUAAUUCUCGUAUUCGCCACCGAACUCCAUGGCACUGACAUUCAUCUGAUUCACACAGGCACUCGCGUUUGUUUACUUUCAUACAUUCCGUGUGUUGCCGUCGCGUCUAAAAUGACAGCCGCGACAAAAUGAGGUUAUAUCUCGCUUUUGCGAUAAUUAUCUGCCUUUUGUGGGAUCGAAAUGAACGUUUAGUGCUCGCAAACAAGAGUGCCGAUCAGCAGCAGGAGUACAGGCCCGAUGGUCCGCUGGUGAUGUGUAAAUUCUUACCUAAGGAAUUUGUGGAAUGCGAGGAUCCGGUUGAUCAUAAGGGUAAUAAGACCGCCAAGGAUGAGAAUUCGGGCUUCGGUUGCGUCAAGUUUGGAGGAUCUCGCUAUGAAGAUGUAGAGAAGACCAAGGUGUCCUGUACGGUGUUACCGGACAUCGAGUGUUUCGGACCGAGGACGUUUUCCCGCGAGGGAAUUCCAUGUAUAAAGUACAGUGAUCAUUUUUUCGCGACGACUCUAUUAUAUAGCAUUCUACUGGGAUUCCUCGGCAUGGAUCGAUUUUGCCUAGGGCAGACUGGUACAGCAGUAGGCAAAUUGCUGACACUAGGUGGCAUGGGCGUGUGGUGGAUCGUCGAUGUUAUCCUUCUGGUAACGAAUUCUUUACAACCUGAAGAUGGCAGUAAUUGGAAUCCAUACGUAUAGCAUUUUGAAAAACCAGGAAUUGCUUUUUGUAUAUAACUUAUAGUUCAUAAUUUGUAAAUAAAUUGUUGUGACUGGAAAUUAGAUCAUGUAGAAUAUA